ACCCCCGGCUCUGGGCUCUGAGCAAAACAGGAGCAAAAUCGCCGGUUAGAAGGAUUAAGAUGAAUUGCAGGAACUCAGGGAGGCAGGCGCUGCUUUCCCCGCCACAGCCGGCAGAUGGCAGGGAAGGAUCGCAGAGCGUCCGCGGCGCCAGCCAGCAAGGCCUUUCUGCCCGCCCCCAGGAGUGGACACUUUCUUUGGUCUGCCCCGGGACGGACCGCGGCCUCCCACUGCGAGCUGCCCCCUCGGCAGGAGGAGACCAUCGCUGGGCGCGCACUCCCGGGUAGAGCCUUGAAUGCUUUUCUGAUCACUCAAAAACAUGAAUUACGCCCGAUUCCUCACAGCGCUGAGUGCUGCAAGAAAACCUUCUCCAAUACGACUCCUGAGAUUCCAGAAUUGUUGUCGUGGCUGAAAAAGUUCCAGACUAGCCUCCACAAGCCCCACACUGCCCAGUUCAGUCCUGCCCAAGGGCAAAUGGAUGUAUGUGUCACUACUGGAAGUCAAGAAGGCCUUUGUAAAGUAUUUGAGAUGCUCAUUAACCCUGGAGAUAAUGUCCUCUUGGAUGCACCUGCUUAUCCAGGAACCCUGGCAGCUCUGAGACCAUUGGGCUGCAACAUUAUCGGUGUUGGCAGUGACCAAUAUGGGGUUAUUCCAGAUUCUCUCCGAGCAGCACUUUCCAGAUGGAGACCAGAGGAUGCACAGAACCCUGAAAGACAGACUCCCAAAUUCCUUUACACGGUUCCCAAUGGCAGCAAUCCUACAGGAACAUCAUUAACAUAUGAACGCAAAAAGGAAAUAUAUGAGCUGGCAAGAAAAUAUGAUUUUCUCAUCAUAGAAGACGAUCCAUACUAUUUUCUUCAAUUUAACAAGCCUUGGGCACCAACAUUUCUUUCUAUGGACACCGAUGGUCGUGUCAUCAGAACAGAUUCUUUCUCAAAAAUUCUGUCUUCGGGGUUGAGAAUAGGUUUUAUAACUGGUCCCAAACCUCUGAUUGAUCAAAUUGUUUUACACAUACAAGUUUCAACAAUGCACACCAGUACUUUUACACAGCUGCUGAUAGCCCAGCUUCUGCAACAGUGGGGAGAAGAGGGCUUCCUGAAGCAUGUAGAUAGGGUGAUAACCUUCUAUAAGGAGCAGCGGGAUGCCAUGUUGGCGGCUGCAGACAAGUGGCUCAAAGGUUUGGCAGAAUGGCAUGUCCCUGUUGCUGGGAUGUUUUUGUGGAUCAAGAUUAAAGGUAUUUCUGAUACAAAGCAGCUGAUUAUGGAAAAGGCCUUGCAAAAAGAGGUGUUACUAGUUCCUGGAGAUGCAUUCAACAUUGAUAACUCAAAACCUAGUUCCUACGUCAGAGCAUCCUUCUCUCUGUCUUCUCCAGAACAAAUGAACCAGGCUUUUCAGAGACUGGCUGAACUUAUAAAAGAAUCUUUAUGAAGGGAGAAAAAAAGAAUCAUUGUACUCAUGGAUUUUCACUGUCAAUUUUUAUAUUUCACAAAGAAGAAAUUGGUUGUGAUAUUAUACCCAUGCUUUGUUAGAGAUUUAAUCAUGGAUGUUACAUUCCUGAAUGGCCUUUUAGUGACUGCCAAAAAUUACAAUGCACCAUUAUGAUUUUUUCUUAUAAAAUGGCUGACUGCAAAGUUAUUUUUUGUUGUUGUAAUUUCUUGCAAUUAGAUUACAUUCCAAAUCCCUUUUUAAGAUGCUUGGUAGUUCUUAAGAAUUUUUAUAUAAGAUUGAAAUUUCUUGUGCCACAGUCACCUAGUGAACUUUAGAGCAAGAAUUUAUUUUGAAAAUAGAUUUAGUCAGUCUCAACUUAGGAAACUUUGAAAGAGAUCAUUUUUACUUCCAUCAAAAUUCCUCAAUUCAAUAUAGUUUGUGUUUUUUUUAAAACAUGGCUUAUUUAGGCUUGAGACCUGUGACUUCACUGGUAGAAGGUUAGGAUAACUCCUACCAUUAUAAAUUAGAACUUUCUCUGCAACUCUUAGUCUUAGAGAGUUGCUUGGGGCAGUGAAUUAAAUGACUUGGCCAGGGUUACACAAUCAGUGUGUGUCAGAGACAGGAUGUGAACCCAGAUCUUCCUGGCCAGGACAUAGACUCGCUCUCCGCUAUCCCAUAUUGCCCCUCAGUAAUCAUUAUUGUGCUAAUAACUGGUGAGUCCCAAAGAUUUCCCCCCAAAUCUAGGAUGGUGCCAGCUAUUAAGUGUAUCAAAUGAACUAGAUACAUAUGAUGUAAUUCCAGA